AUGAUGAAUAUCCGAACAGCUGGCCCUCGCAGACCAUCUGUAUUCGCGCGCUCUUGUUUUGGGGCAGCUGCGGGAUCUGGAUGUUGUCCAUGCCAUGCCCAUUCUCGACCAGAGCCCCGCUCCUGGCUUUUCUUAAUAACGAGAGGACCCACGUCUUCAAGCCAAACGCCCAAAAAAGGCUUGUGCCUGCCAAAAGCCCCCGUCCCCCUCCCCUCGGUCUCUGCAUGUGCCCGGAGGCGCAGAACUGACUGGGCCGAGGGCUCACUCCGAGUGUCAGUUAGCAGUGUGGUGGUUGUCUUGUCCUCUUCGGUGUUCUCUUCUUCGGUUCUCUACCUUGACCUCCUCUCCUGUAUGUCGUCCCGUGUCUAG